GGGCUUAGUUUGUUUUAGUAAACCCAAAUCAAGUCCUAUACUCGCUGUCUCGCUCAUAGUUACUCUGAAAUCCCUAAAUCAAUUCCAAGCCAUCUCCUCCUCCACAUCGCCGUCUCCUCCCUUUCUCCACAUCGCCGUCUCCUCCCAUAUCGACGUCGAUUCCAAUCGGCCUCUCCCGCUCCCACAUCGCCGUCUUCCACAUCGACAUCACCUCCACAUCGACGUCGCCUCCACAUCAUCGUCUCCUCCCACAUCGACGUCACUUCCACAUCACCGUCUACUCCCUUGCUCCACAUCCACUAUGUUGCCGACUAGUGGGAAGAGGAAGAGACAGGCGGAACAGUCUUAGCGACUGAUGCAGGAGGUAGCCUAGCAAUAUCAACACCCCACAGAGGUCCCCUCGUGGCCUGUGGCGCCUCUGUCAAGUUCGGCACCUCCUCUCCCUCCACCACUGCCCGUUGUCGACGAUCCUUCCCUAGAUGAUCAUCAGACUGGCCAGUCAUCUGCUAAAAUCAGCGUUCGGCGCAAACCGAGUCCCAAAGGAGACAGGGGUGGUGAAAGGCUUAAAAGCAGAGGAGAUAGUCAAGAGGACUGGAUAAAAGAUUAAAGUAACUUGGGACGAUUUCUGCCACGGUCCGCGGAGUAAAGAGUUAAGCAGCAUGUUGACACACGAUGUUGGCCACAUUAUACGGGAUGAAAUUUCCAUGGUGGCUCCAACUUGGGGUGAGAUUACCGAUGAUGAGCAGAAGAAGCUGCCUACUAAACUCUUUAGAAGAUCGACUGCAAACAAGAGUAACCGGGACAAGAAGACGUUGCACCACCACACCGGGUCGAGGGCUUUCAUCUACAAUACGAAGGAAUUGAAGGACAAGGGUGAACACCUCUAUUUCAUUAAAAGUUACUCACAGGCGUAUGACGCAGGUCACAACCUCAAGACGCAGGUCACAACCUCAAAGCAGCUGAAAAUGAAAUAAGUGGUUUAGUUAAACAUUGUUGCGGGGCCAUAAGGACAUUCAUAUAUAUCUUUGUUAAUAAAGUUCAUACACUUUCAAAUGCUUUAUCAAUGUAUACAUAUACAAAAGUAAUAUUUUAAUUAUAGAAUAUUUAAUAUAUGGGUCCUAAUUCAUUU